CACUCACAUGAAUUCACGGGAGGUUGAAUUUGCGCGCCAACUUGCGUCGAACGAAAAGAAGACGAGGGACAAAUGUGUGAAGAAACUGACAACCUGGCUACACUACCGAUCGUCGCAACCGUCCGGUUUCGAAGAGAAUGACAUGAUGAAGCUGUGGAAAGGUCUUUUUUAUUGUAUGUGGAUGUCGGACAAGCCGUUAGUGCAGGAGGAAUUGGCUACAAACAUAUCCAAGCUAAUUCACAGUUUUUCUCGGACAGAAUCGGCAUUCAAGUUUAUUGAGACGUUUUUUGGGACAAUUCGGCGUGAGUGGGAGGGGCUUGAUCGACUGAGACUGGACAAGUAUUACUUGUUGAUUCAAAGUGUUGUACGGGAAUGUUUUUGUUUGCUAAAGACGAAUAAAUGGAAAGAGAGUGUUGUUGGAGACUUGGCUGCUGUUAUUGAUAGAGGCGUUCUUAGUUGUGCUGACUGUGUGCAAGCCGAUGGUAUCAGAACACACGUGGUGGAAAAAUUCAUUCUAGAACUCGUUCCUUUAGCAGACGAGAAGUUAUCUCCAGAUGCUCUCAACAUUCUCUUGCAGCCGUUGUGUCUCUUUGCAGGAAGGGCCGAGAAGUUUGGUGAUGUGAUGAGUUUUGUUAAGACGGUUUUGGAUCCACUGAUUGACAGACCGUCAGUACAUGAUCGCUAUGUUGGAGAUGUUACACUGCAGGUUGAUCAUAACAAAGUAGCUGAGAUGCUCUUCUCUGUGGCAGCUAAUCAGAAAACGCGGGGAAAGAAUCGACAGAAACUUUUCCAAAUGAAGCGAAAGUUUGUUGCUCGACAUGAAAAGGCAGUCAGAGAUGAGGCUGCUCAUGUGAAAAGGCAAGACGAGAGCAUGGAAAUGGAGAACGCGAAUGACAGUUCGGUGACAUCAAGUGAAAAUGUGACAAACGUAGGGAGUAAUGAGUCCGACGAAUGUGAAACGACUUUGGAAGACGAAGAGUGUGAGACGAAGGUGAAGAAAUCGGGUAAGAGAAAUAGAAGGAAAGGAAAGCGGAAAGGAACUCCAUUUUGUUGGGGGAAAGUACCUGCAGGUGAAAAUGAUGAAACAAGUUUGAGUGAACACGAUCAGGAUAGCAGCCUCGUGUCAGACUCCAGUUCAGACAGUACUGUGACGUUUAAAUUCAAUCGUGACUUACAGUCAAAUGUACAAUCACCGUCAUCAGUGUUGGUAUCGACACCAAAGGCCAAACUGGAUUUCAGUGAUGUUGCCAAUUCGUCGGAUCUAAUCAAUGAGGAAAGUGCCUCAUGGUACAAUGAUAGGAUAAGAAGAGCUAGGGAGAGAUGGAGACAACGUCAAGAGUUCGAGGUGUUAGCAAGAAGCGUACGUGCUGUGAGUGAAAACAGACGAGGACUUAGAGCAGCAAGGAAAAUGAGUAUUGAACAUUGGAAUGAUGUUAUGUCGGACGGAGAUGAGAAGGCGGAGAAGUGUGAUGAAGUAGCUGAUAGACAUGAAGCCAAGAAGAAGAGAGUCAGUUUUGCAUCCACAGAAGUCCAAGUGCAAGAAUUUAGAAAGAACACGUUUGUGAGUUCCAGUCAAAGUCACGAUGGCACGAGAAUGCCACACAAAGGUGUCCUCAAGACAUCCCCUUCCUCUGCAUCUCCUUCCAGUUGUACUCUUCCAUUAAUGAAACAUCCACGAAGGACUAAAAUGACGAUGAACGUGAGAGGAAAUCUGAAGAAGACGGCAGACUCCGUUUGAACUGCUAUAUCAUGCAUACACAGAUUCUCUUUGCUGCCGUCUGUAUGUGUACGAGAUGUAACACUGACUGAAGCUUAUGUACAGUGGACACACUUUUCACUCUAGCUACACUGUAACUUUUGAUGUGUACUUUCUCAACAUAUAUGUAUGGCUUUGUGACAGGAUGGCAGUAGUUGAGGUCUAAAAGAUCUUAUGUGGACACAAUCCUAUAAAAAGCAACUUGUUUUCUUUCAGGUAUUCCUGUGUGUGACAUAGCAAUACAG